GAGAGACAGAGAGAGAGAGAGAGAGAGAGAGAGAGAGAGAGAGAGAGAGAGAGCGAGCGAGCUGGUUAAUGAUCCCAGGCUGUACUUCUCAUUCUGCUGCUGCUCUCAUCGCCGGCUGAUCGUCUCUCUGACCUGCAGAGCUCCACCCCCUGACCCUUGACCCCUGACCCUAAGAGCUCAUCUCUAACCCUGACCCCCUCCGUCUGGAUUUAAUAACACCAACUCUGGAUUCUGUCACAUUUUGGAUUUCUGUCAUUUUUUUGGGAGUUAACAGUUUUUGACCUUUGACCUUUUGGACGUGGAGGAUUGUCUUCGGUCUGCCCCCCUGCUGUGCCUCAGAGGAUCGUAUUUGCCCCGGCCGGGAGUGUUUGGGGUAGUUAGCGGGUCUGUGUCUGAGGCAGCGGUGCAGUUUCGGCUGAAUGCCCCAGGAUUACCCGCAGGCUGCAGUUCCUCCUCCGGCCUGCAGGGCGGCAGCAGAGAGCAGCAGCAGGAGCGUCGGCAUGAGCGACUUCUGGCACAAGAUGGGCUGCUGCGUGGUGGCCAAACCUCCACCGAAGAAGAGGAGGAGGAUUGAUCGCAGUAUGAUCGGAGAGCCGACAAACUUCAUCCACCUCACACACAUCGGCUCUGGAGAGAUGGCAGAGGGCCUUCAACCGUCGGGUUCGGUUCAGGAGCAGAUGAGAUCAAAAGGCCCAAAUAUGAACGGCAGGAACAGUCUGUUAUAGCGGACUGAAUGAACUGAUGCAGACAGUCAGCUGACUCUUCGCUCUUCUUCCUCUGAUCUCGCUGAUGCCCCCCCCCACCACCACCCCCCCUCUGGCUGCAGGGGGCGCUGACCCUAAAACACACACUGCCCCCCCCCCCCCCCACACACA